UAGCAUUAACAUUAAUGAUUAAUUUAUUAGAGUGAUUACUCAUUCAGCACUAUCGUUACGUGUCAAAACUCCAUAAGUCUCAUCAAAAACCUCAUUAGACUCUCUCUGACUUCACCACAAUCCACCAAGCAAAAACAAUGGCCGGUGAGUUCGCCGGAGACAACACGCCGGAGCUCCUGUGCUUAAUUCACGACAUCACCGGAAUGUGUGUCGGUGGAGGAGGCGAUUCUUCCUCCAUCACCGCCGAUGCAAUGUUCAGGAAGGAUUGCACCGAUCUAGUUCGCCGGAUCUCUCUUCUUACUCACUUGUUUGAAGAAAUUAGGGAACUGAACAAGACGAACGAUUCUGCUUCGAGUUCUUCGGUUACGGUUUCGAAUUCAGAAGAUUCGUGGUCUUCUGAUCUAGUGCUUGCUCUUCAAUCUGCUAAACGAUUGUUACAUGAAGCGAAGAAUUUCAGUUCAAAUUCAUCUUCUGAUGGAGCUGCCAAGAAGAUUAUCUUUCAGUUUCAGCGCGUGACGUGGAAAUUGGAGAAAUUAUUAAGCAGUUUACCGUAUGACGAUUUAGAUAUCUCAGAGGAAGUUAAAGAACAGGUGGAUUUGGUGAGAAACCAAUUGAGACGAGCAACGGAUAAAUACGGGUUUAUGAUUUCGAAAAUGCCGUCUUUUGAUUCAUCCCAGCCCCUGGCUCAAGAAAUCAGUCAGGUUCUUGGCCAAUCUGUGAGUGGAUUGCAUAAACAACAUAGCUGUCCUGAAAAUCUAUCAGAACUAGGGAGCAUUCCUAAAAGCAAUGAAGGGAAAAGCUGCAACCCGUUUGGAGCCGGAUCUCGGUUGGAAAGAACAAGGAGUAUCCAUGCCUCUUCCGAGGUUUCCUUCUCGAUUAAAACUGCUCCUGAAAGUCAAGAAAUUUCUGGGAGUGGGAAUUUACCUGAAGUUAAAAAGCCUGAUGCAAUUGUAAUUCCUGAAGAUUUUCUUUGCCCUAUAUCCUUGGAAUUAAUGAGGGAUCCUGUUAUCGUGGCCACUGGUCAGACAUAUGAGAGAUCUUACAUACAGAGAUGGAUCGAUUGUGGAAAUACAACGUGUCCGAAAACUCAGCAGAAGCUCCAACAUUUGACCCUUACACCAAAUUAUGUUCUAAGGAGCCUUGUUUCUCAGUGGUGUAUAGAGCACAACAUCGAGCAACCAACAGGACUAACCAACGGAAAAAUAAAAAAGAGUGAUGGAUCGUUCAGAGAUGUUACAGGUGACAUAGCAGCAAUUGAAACUCUUGUCCGGAAGCUUUCCUGCAGGUCAGUUGAGGAGUCUAGAGCAGCUGUUGCUGAAAUUCGAUCACUAUCCAAAAGAAGCACUGACAAUAGGAUACUAAUUGCUGAAGCUGGAGCAAUUCCAGUUCUAGUCAGCCUUUUAACUUCAGAAGAUGUAAUGACGCAAGAAAACGCGGUUACUUCAAUUCUCAACCUUUCUAUAUAUGAAAACAACAAGGGACUAAUAAUGCUUGCUGGUGCCAUUCCAUCAAUUGUCCAAGUCCUCCGUGCUGGUACCAUGGAAGCAAGAGAAAACGCAGCUGCAACUCUUUUUAGUUUGUCGCUUGCGGAUGAGAACAAAAUAAUAAUCGGGGCAUCAGGAGCUAUAUCCGCUUUGGUAGAUUUGCUCCAAAAUGGAAGCCCUAGAGGGAAGAAGGAUGCAGCAACAGCUUUGUUCAAUUUAUGUAUAUAUCAAGGGAACAAGGGCAGAGCCAUAAGGGCAGGGAUCAUCACAGCACUGUUGAACAUGCUCACAGAUUCAAGCAAAUCAAUGGUUGACGAAGCCCUUACAAUAAUGUCAGUUCUUGCUAGCCAUCAAGAGGCAAAGGUUUCCAUAGUAAAAGCCAGCACUAUACCAGUUUUAAUAGAUCUUUUGAGGACCGGAUUGCCUCGCAACAAGGAGAACGCAGCCGCCAUUUUGCUUGCUUUGUGCAAGAGGGAUACUGAUAAUCUCUCCUGUAUCAGUAGACUUGGUGCCGUCAUACCUCUUUCGGAACUUGCUAGAACUGGUACAGAGCGAGCUAAACGGAAGGCUACUUCAUUAUUGGAGCAUCUCCGUAAAUUACAACAGCUUUGAAAUGCGAGGUUCUGCAAAGAACCUUCAAGUUAAUAUAUUUAUCUCUGAUUAUUUGACAUAAUUUUUCAUACAUUGGUUUGCAAACUGAUCAGAUCAAUUGAGGAUGCAAUAAGAAAGUCAGCCUCAUUGAUCCAGUUAAUUCUUUUCUUCUUUCCCUGUAUUGUUCUUUUUCAACCUCUGUAUCAGCGUGUAAAGUUAUCAAUUAAUAUAUAUCGUUUCUUCAAGAAUUUUUUACAGAUA